AGUUCAGUAUGUCAUCCCCUCAAAAGUGCACAAAAAUAAUAACAAAGCUGACGAUGAUGAUGAUGUGAACAAAAGAAAGAGUGUUCACUUUUGCAGUUUCAUUGAGAUAGGCUACCCCCAGAAAAAAAGUGAGGAAAAAGAGUAGCAAAAUCUUGGCAUUUUUCGUCGAAGGUUGUUCACGUCAUUCUGAGGAAGAGUGGAUUUUACAGUUUUGUAUGGAUCAGUGACCCAAAAAGGAUCCGAUCGGAGUGUCCCUACGACGUAGAAAAACGGGGAUCUCAAGUUGUUGAAAAGCUGUCUUCGCCACCGUCGUCGUCCCAUAUUGUGGCAGCCAAUGUUAUCAGCUGCGGAAAGUUGGCCCAACUAACGACCAAGACGAUCAUGGAUUACAUGUUGGAUGCGUACGUGGGCUACGACAUCGGUUCCGUGGCCGAACCCGACGACAUCCCGCGGACCGAUGACACCGUGUGGAUCCUUGGCAAGCAGUACCGAGCGAUUGAAGACCUCGACCAAAUCCGCCGCGACGUUCAGAGCCGGCUGUGGUGCACCUACCGGCGCGGUUUCGUCCCCAUCGGCGGCUCGCAGCACACCAGCGACAAGGGCUGGGGCUGCAUGCUGCGCUGUGGCCAGAUGGUUCUCGCACAGGCCCUGCUCCAGCUGCACCUGGGCCGAGACUGGGAGUGGACGGCGGAGACGCGGGACGAAACGUACCUGCGGAUCGUGAACCGCUUCGAGGACAACAAGGCGGCACCCUUUUCGCUGCACCAGAUCGCCCUAACGGGGGAGUCGUCCGAGGAGAAGCGGGUCGGCGAGUGGUUCGGACCGAACACGGUGGCACAAGUGCUCAAGAAACUAGUAAAAUUUGACGACUGGUGCAGCGUCGUAGUCCACGUGGCCUUAGACAGCACGCUGGCCACGGAUGAAGUUGUGGAACUGUGCGAGGACAAAUCCGACGCGGGAACCAGCUGGAAGCCCCUGCUGCUCAUAAUCCCGCUCCGGUUGGGCCUCAGCGAAAUCAACCCAAUCUACGUGGCAGGCCUUAAGAAGUGCUUCGAGCUGGCCGGAAACUGCGGCAUGAUCGGAGGGCGCCCUAAUCAAGCCCUCUACUUCAUCGGGUACGUCGGCGACGAGGCGCUCUUCCUGGAUCCGCACACCGUGCAACGAUCCGGCAGCAUCGGGGACAAAACCGCCCUCGACGAGCGGGAAAUGGACGAGUCCUUCCACCAGCGGUACGCCCGGCGGAUCAACUUCAAGGCGAUGGACCCGUCGUUGGCGCUGUGCUUUCUGUGCGCGACCCGGACAGAUUUCGACGACCUGCUGGCGAGGUUCGCCGAGGACCUGAACGGCGGCAGCUGCCAGGGCCUGUUCGAGGUGACCAAGACGCGGCAAGCGCCGUGGACGCCGACGACGGCCUCGUCCACGUCCUCGCGGAAAAACAGCGAACCAAACGAAACCUUCAAUGAAAUCUCCGCCACGGAAAUCGUGAAUGAGGAAUUUGAAGAGGUGGAAAGCAGACCGCUGGACGAGUCGGAUGAAGAGUUCGAGAUCAUCGCGUAACGAGGCGACCGGAAUCUGUACCGAUCAACGUGUUUAAAAGUGCUUUUACAGGAACAAAAAAAAACACAGAACUCUCAGCUUGAAAUAUCGCACUCUGAAUCACAUAAUACUUUUUUGUAAUGAAUCGAAAUAUUUUUAAAACUGAAACCAUUGUUUGAUCUUUUUUAUCCGGUACGAUAAGCUUCAUGAAUGCAAAUACUAUUUAAUAUUUAGAUUGGUGUUAAAUGCACGACUUUUAUUCUGUUAACCAAGGACUAAUUAAGGAAUACUUUUUCGUAUAAUAAGAGAGAAGCUUUGCCAGUCGUUUUAAGUGUAAAAAAAUAAAUAUUGGAUAAAGAAAGAGGGGGUAAAACAACUUGCAAUUUUGUAAAGUGCAUCAUCGAUGGGAAGGAUUUGUAUACACGAAGGGACCGUGCGAGGAUAUUGCAUUAUGAGGAAGAAUAAUAAUCAUGUUAAGGAAAUCGG